AAACGAUAGCUAUCGACAGGCCACCACAUAUGGGCUCAAUAUAUCGAAGUGUAUCGGGCUGCAGGGCAAUAAACAAGCAGCAGGAAUUAAUAAAAGUUUACAAUUAAAGUUGAAAUGAGCGCCGAUUUACUGCAAUUAGAUGUGGACACGCUGUUCGAGCAGCACGGCGUGUCCGAGAUCGAUGCGGUGCAGAAGAAAAUCCAAACGGUGGUCGAAAACAAGCGCGAAGAACUUCGCACAAUGGUCGGCGAACGCUAUCGGGAUCUGUUGAAGGCUGCCGACACCAUAGCGGCGAUGCAAGCAUCCGCUGGCACACUCAUUGAGCAGGUGCACUGCGUCCAGGGCAAUUGUCGCAGCCUCAAUGAACAGCAGCUGCUGGGCUUCAGGACGAUGCCAACGCCGGCAACGGAGGUGCUGCACCAGCAGCGUACUGCCAGCAAGCAGCUGAGCAACUAUUACAGCACCAUGGUGCAGACCAAGCUGCUAAGCAGCCUGCCCGAGCUCAUCUGGACGCACAUUGAUCGGGAGCAGUUCUACGCCGCCACCGAGCUAUUCACAUUCAGCCGCCACAUUAGUACCGGCCUGCAGCUGGAUGCCAAAAAUGCGCUAAUGCAGCAACUACCCGUCGCACUGAAGCAAUGGGAAAUACUGCGUCCCUUUCACUUGACCAUAAAGCAGGCGGUGCUCAGCGUUCUGGAGCGGGAAGAGCUCAGUGCCGAAAUGGCUGUCGAUUGCAUGCUUAGCCUUCUCCUGCUGGACAAAUGCAGUUUGUUGCAAGUGUUGCAAACAUUUCUCCAGCUGCGCGCCACAGCCUACGUCAAUUGUCUGCAGAGUCCGAGCAGCAGCGCCGAAAAAGCCGUCGACAAGCCAAGGCGCGUCAAGGAGCGCAUCCUGGCCAGCGUGCAAAUACUUAGCGGCACUAUUGAGCUCUUCGACACCUGUCUGAUGACAAAUGGCCUGCUGUUUACACGAUUGACCGAUUGCAUGUCGCCGACGUCGCCGCCGAGCAUUAGCCGUAUGGACAGCGGGGAGCGGCAAUUGGCGCAUUUGCUGCCCGAUAUUAUAUGUGGUUAUAGGCCACAGUUUCAGGCGCCCCAAUUGACGCAGCAGAUGCUGCACGACGCGUUGCGUCAAUGGUUGGCCAAGAUUGAUGGGCUAGCGGCCAAGCAGCUGCAGCAGAUCAUUGCACUGAUCGGCAGCAUGCAGACCAUACAGGACAUCACGUUGGAAGCGAACGAGUCGGGUAAACGCCACUACAAAGCGUUGGAGGAGCAGUUUGAAAUUGCGCCAGAGCAAUUGGAUUUCUAUCGGCUGCACUAUAUGCCGUUGAUCAAUGCACGCGUGCGUGAGAUCAUUAAGAACAGUUGGGCAGCUGCAAUGCAGCAGACAUACGAGCAGGUGGUUAGUCUGGUGCAGUCAAGCAGAGAGCCAGCGCCGCUGCAGAUUUGGCGUGAGCAGAGCGACGAUCUGCCGCUGAGUCUGGCUGCAGCGCUCGGCGAUCAACCCAAGCGUCUGGCGAAUCGCACCAAGGGCUAUGAUGUGGCCACCAUUGAGCUGUGCGCGCAGUUCAAUGCCCAACUGGGUGCCAUUGUCCACGAGCUGAAUGCGACCCUCGAAGAUCAAACGUCGCGAAUCGAGGACAAAAUUGCGCUCACAAAUUUCCUGCGCGAAACGGCGCACAAGCAGCUAACGGAAUAUUUGACAAAGCUAAAGUCGCUGGGUCUGAAGGAGCGACAGGCCUUGCUGCAGGCACUGCGCAAUACUCUCGCCUUGAUCGAGCUCUGUCCCAAUUUACAGUUGUGCUUCUCCCAGCCAUCCAACUGGCGUCAAUGGGUGGGCAAUCAGACAUCAGUUGGCGCUCAGUGCUGGCAGCGAUUGUGUUCUCUGAUCGAGCAAGAAACACUGCAGCUCUGGCUGCUCAUUGUCGAUGAUGUGCUCGGCGCGCACAGCUGUGCGGAGCAGCUGCCUGCAGUUCUCACGCACGAUGUUGUGCUGCGUGAUUUUGCGCUCUGGCAUACGCAGAUCCUCGAGCAGCGCGACGAGGAGCACGAUCAGAAUGUGCAGUCGACGAUACGGAUUCCCAGCCAGCCGCGUCUUUCGCUGCAAACGUAUUUGCAUCAGUUGAUCGAAGCGCUGAAUAUCGCUGUGCCGCAAACGUUGCCCCCCAAGGUGCUGCAGGCCUUCAACCAGAAACUGCUCACCCAAAUUCUUUGCCAUUACGAGCAAUUGGCAGCCUCGGAGUGCACAAAGAGCAGCCAGAACAUUGCACUGCAGUUGUACUUUGAUCUCAAGUUUCUGGAGCGCGUGUUUGGCGUGAAUAGCGAGGAUCGCGCAAUGUACGAACAGUUUCAUACGCUGCAGCGCAACCUGCGCGACUGCAUCGAUCCCUUCGACUUUGAGCUGUUCGCCGAGCACAUUCGGACGCACGUCUCCCGCUCCACGGCGCGGCUGCAUAGUGAAUUUGGUGUCCUUACGCCGCCACCGAUGAUCGUGCCACAGGGCGAUGCGGCGACGGCGGCAGCAGGUGGAAGCGCUCUCUCCCAUGAGGCAGAUCCCAAUGUGCUCUGCCUAAGCUCCUCGGGCUCCACGUCGCUGUGGUUUCCCCUGCUGCCCAUUGUCAUGCCUCAGGCGGCAACAACAACAACAAGCGCUGAUUGCAAGAACCUUGCAUUGGAUUCCGAUAAGGCCACAACAGCGACGACGACGACGACGACGCCAACGCGUAAGUCGCAAACACGCAAAGCCGAUGCCAACAAAUCCAAGUCGAGCGCCGCCACAUUCUUUGGCAUGUCCCAGGAUUGGUUCCGUUAGAGCCACAACUAUGCGCAAUGACCGAAAGCAGACGGGGAACCACAGAGAAGUGUAUGAAAUGCGCAUCAUCGCGCUCAGUCAAGCAUGAAGCCAUGGAACCACUGCAUCUAUUGCCACUGAAUCCUGUCGACUGUGUUUGUUUUAACUGCUCUGUUCCAAGUGCUGGACUCAAAGGCAAACCAUACCAAAUAUCGCAAUACAACUAUAUAUAGAACUUCUAAAGACGUUCGCAUUGAGAGUAUCGCGUUAUUUAAUAUCUCAUUGUUAACCUUAAAAUAUAGUUGCAUAUUUAUGCUAAAAUUGUAAUUUAAUGCGGUUUGAUGUCAUUGCAAUUGCUAUGCUAUUUUUUGCCUCCUUUCUUGCUGGCGCUGCUGGCUG